AUGGGUGUUAAAGGUCUUUGGUCGAUUGUAUCACCUGUAGGUGUUCGUGUUAAUCCUGAGAUUUUUACAGGGAAAAGAAUAGCUAUUGAUGUUAGUAUAUGGUUAUAUGAAUUGACGUAUGCUAAUAACGUGAAAGAUCUACGAAAUAAAUCUUUUGAUAACAUGAGUAUAUUUAAUGAUUUAUGGAUAGAUUUUUCUGAAAAUAUAUCUAGUGAACUAAAAACAGAUAAUAUUAAAAAAGCACAUCUUUAUUUUUUUUUUUUAAGAAUAUGUAAAUUAUUGUAUUAUAAUAUAAGACCGAUAUUUAUAUUUGAUGGCAAUCCCCCAGAAUUAAAAAGGAAAACUAUAUUUCAAAGACAGAUUAAGAAAAAAAAUUAUGAAGAAAAAUUUAAAAAAACUGCUGAAAAGCUUGUUUAUAAUUAUUAUCAAAGGACAUUAUUGAAUUCUUUGAAAAGUAAAAAUAAAAAGAAUGAUAAUUUAAAUAAUUUAGAAGAUAAUAUAAAUACACCCAAAAAAAAAACAGAUACACCAAAUAAGACCAACGAUGAUAUGUCAAAAAGUAGUUUAUUAAAAAUAUAUGACGAGAUUAAAGAGAAAGAUAAAUCCUUAAACAGUUUAGUUGAGAAUGUGGGGAAUGUACCUGUAAGUGUUAAGGAUGUUCUAACUAUAUGUAAUGAUGAUUUAAAUAAAAUAAAAAAUAAAAUAUUUAUGAUAACCGAUUUCGGUCCUGUUCUUUUUUUGGGUGAAGAAGAUGGUCAUAUUGAUACUGUAGAGAAUAUGAAUAAAUUAGAUAAUAAAAAUGAGGAAGAAAAUAAUUUAAGUUAUUCUAUAAAUCAUAGUAACAUACAAGAUGUUAAUAACAAUAAUGAUGAAAAUAAAGAUAAUGAAAAUUAUAAUAAAUUACAGAGAGAUCAUAAAAAUUAUGUAAAUAGAAAUAAGAAAAAUACUAAUAUAUAUUUUGAUGAUAAUGAAAUGGAAGAUAAAAGAAAUAAAAAUAGUCUAUAUAAUAAUGAUGAUAUUGAUGAACAAAUAAUAAGAAAAAAACAUAUGGCUAGAAAAAAAUAUUAUGAAAGCAUUCCAAAACCAUUUAAAGGGUUUUUAUGUAUGAGAAGACCUGUAGAUAUUAUUGAUAUAAGUAAUUAUAAUACAGAGAUGUUGGAAUUUUCAGAAACAUUAAAAGUAAAUGAAAAUAAAUUUAAGCAACACCUUAAUGUGUUAGAUGAAAAAAAUAGGUCACCUAUAGUAAAUAUAAAUUUAUUAAAAGAUAAUAAUAAUAAUAUAAAUAAAGAUGUAAUUGAAGGAGAACCAAAAAAUGGGUAUAUUAAUUUGAUAGAUGUGGAUUUAUGUAAUAGUAGUAGUAGUAUUAGUAGACUUGAAAAUGAUGAGAAUAUUGAAAGAGGGGUAAAAAAUAUGUUAAUAACAAAUGAAGAUAAUUCUAAAAAUAAUCAUAAUAAUAUCAAUAUCAAUAUGAAUGAUAAUAAUAAAUAUGUUGGAGAAUGUAGUCCAGAAAAAAAAAAUGAUAAUGGAAUAAACAAUAAAAAUAUUAAUAUAUUAGAAUUGCCAAAUAAUUUAGAUACAUCUAAUUUAUUUUUAGAAGGAAAAGAUGAAUAUAAAGUUUAUUAUGUAAACAAAGAAGAAAUACGGAUUCCAUUAUUCAAAGAAAUUAAUAAAGAUAUUUUUGAAAAGCUACCUUUAAAAUUACAGUAUCAAAUAUUACAAGAUAUUAAAGAAGAAUGGUAUACUGAUAAUAGAAUCAAAGCAAUAAAAUCAAAAGACGAUAUGGAUGUUUUUUCACAAGUACAACUAGAAACAUAUGUAAGAAUGAUUAAAACCGAUUUUGAAAUAGAAAAGUUAAAAAUAAAAAUGGCAGAAAAUAUUCAAAGUGUAGAAGGAGAAUUAUUAAUAAAUAAAGAUUUAUCAAAAAAUACAGAUAAUAUUAGUAUAAAAGAUUAUAAUGUUAUUCAAAAAAAAAAAUCCAAAAAAAAAAAAAAAAAAUUUCUAAAUGAUAUAUUAAAUACAUAUAAUUUUAAUACUCAAAAUAAAUAUCAAGAUCUAUAUGUUAAAGGAGAACCAUCACAACAAGAUAUUAAAAAAAAUAUUUAUUCUGGUAGACACGAAAUUUAUAGAAACGAACAUAUUAUAAGAGAUACAUAUGAUAAGUCUGAUAUAUUUAGAAAUAUUAAAAAAGAUAGUAAUAAAAAAAAUGAAAUUUAUAAAUUACAGUUGGAUCAAGAAGAAACUGAUGAAAAAAAAAAAUAUAAUAAUAAAAAUAAUAAUAAUAAUAAUAAUAAUAAUAAUAAUGAAAGUAACAAAAAUGUCUUUUUAAAAAUAGAGAAUGAAUUUAAAAAAGACCUUUUAUUAGAUGAUCGCCAAAUUUUUGGUGAUAGCCUUUUGGAUGAUAUAAAAGAUUAUAAAAACAAUUCUCUUAAUUUGGAUAAUAAUAAUGAAACAAAAAUUUUAUUGGAAGAUAGAAAAGAAAUUAUAAUUAAGAAUGAUCCUAUUAUAAAUGAAUAUGAAGAAAAAAAUAAGAUAAUAUACAUAUCAGAUGAGCAAAAAUAUAAUAAAGGAGAUAUUAUAUUUAAAGACAAAAAUGAGAAAAACAAUGAUACUUCAAGUGAUGAUUUUGAAAAUUGUAGUGUGCAGGAAAAAAUAUAUGUAAAUGAAGAUAUAGAAGAAUAUAAUAAUAAAAAUGAAGAUAAAUUAUUAUCAUCAUCUUCAUCAUCGAUUAUAUUAGAAGACGUCAAAUAUAAAAAAGAAAAAAAAGAUGAGUUUGUUAGCCCUAAUUUGUAUGUUCUACUUGAUGAAUUUGAGCAUUCUAAUGACGUUGAGAAUAAUUAUAUUUCAGUUUCUUCUGAUGAUAUAAAACCACAGAUGGACAAAAAAAAAAUUAGAAGAGUAAAUGAAACUACAGUAGAUAAAAUAAAUGUGGAGGAUGUUAAAAAAGGAGAUGAUAAUAGGAUAAUAGAAAUAUCUUUUGAGGAUAGCCAUAUAUCAGAAGGGUCAAAAUAUAAUAAUAAUAUUAAUAAUAAUAUUAAUAAUAAUGGUGAUGAUAAUAUUUAUGAUAAUGUUGAUAAUAAUAUUUAUGAUAAUGUUGAUAAUAAUAUUUAUGAUAAUGUUGAUAAUAAUAUUUAUGAUAAUGAUGACGAAUUGGAGAAAAAAUUUCCAAAGGAUAAUAUUUCAGAUGUUGUCCAUAAAAACCAUAUUAAUAAUACAUAUAUUAUUGAACAAGGGGAUGUUGAAAAAGAAAAUGAAUUUGUAGAUAAUCAUAAAGAUAUAUUACCCCUUGUUGAUAAUAAAAUACUAUCGAUCGAACCACAAAAGAGUAAUGAAUUAAUAUGUAUCGAAAAUAAAAACUCAAAGAAAAAAUUUAUGAGCAAAGAAGAUAUAAGUAAUGUACUAAUACAUAAAGGUGAUGAUAUCAACAAUUUAAGUAAAGAAAAUUAUUUUGAAAUAUUAUUAGAUAAGAAACAAGAUAUGGAUAAUUUCCAUAUGAAUGUAGAAGAAAGUCAUGAUAAAUUAAAAGAAGAUAAAUUAGAUGAAGGAGCUUAUUUUGAAUAUCUAGAAGAUAAUAAAAUUCUUGAUUCUUAUAUAAAAGAAACAAAUAAAGAAAAUGAAGAAUUAAUAAAAGAAUAUAAAAAAUUAAAAAAAAAUAAUAUUGAAAUAAAUGAUGAAAUGAAUGAUGAUAUAAAAUUAUUAUUGAAUUUUUUUGGUAUUCCAUAUAUACAAUCACCAUGUGAAGCAGAAGCUCAAUGUUCAUAUUUAAAUAAUAAAAAUUAUUGUGAUGCUAUUAUAAGUGAUGAUUCUGAUGUUUUAGUUUUUAGUGGAAAAACAGUUAUAAAGAAUUUUUUUAAUAAAAAAAAAACAGUGGAAGUUUAUGAAAAAAAAGCUAUUGAAGAAAAGCUAGGGUUAUAUCAAGAAGAAUUAAUUAAUAUUUCUUUAUUAUGUGGAUGUGAUUAUACAAUAGGUGUGCAUGGUAUAGGUAUUGUUAAUGCUUUAGAAAUAAUUAAAGCCUUUCCAAAUUUUGAGGAUUUAAAAAUAUUAAAAGAUAUUGUAUCUAACCCUUUUAAAAAAAUAAAUAAAGAUAAAUAUAAUGAAGAAAUACAACAAUUCUUAAAUACUCAUAAAAAUUAUAAACUUAAUUGGAUAUUCCCAAAUAAUUUUCCUGAUAGAGAAGUUUAUAAAUGUUUUAAAUAUCCUAAGGUUUGUACAGAUAUUAAAAAAUUCGAAUGGCAUAUACCUGAUAUUAACAGUAUAAUCAAAUUUUUAAAUAAAACUACAAAUAUAUCAGAAGAAAAAGUUUUUAAUGUCUUAAAUCCAAUUUUACAAAAAUAUAAUGUUAAGGCUAGAACAUAUCAAUCAAAAAUUGAAGACUUCUUUCCACUUUUGGAGAAAAAAAGAAAAACUGUAGAUGAUUUAAUUGAUAAAAUUAGAGCAAAUAAUAAACAAAAGAGACAAAAAAAUAAAACUCUUCAUUUGGAUAAUAAAAUAUCAUCACUUAUUGAUAUAAACCCAGCAGGAGUUAUCAAAUCUAAGAGAAUGACAUCGGCUUUGGAUCAUAUAAAAAGGAGAAAAUCAAGCAACAAAAAAAAGUGA